CUUCGUGGCCCUGGCAUCGACGUACAUGUUGGCACGACGGUCACCAUGGAAGAUCUUCCGAACAGUGAUCCUCAUAAGGUUUGGUCUUUACCGAAAGCCUUGAUAUCACACUACUCUCCUUUUCUUGAAGCUGCUUGUUCUCAGGACUUCAGGGAGCGCCGUGAGAACCGAAUUGAGCUCCCAGACGACGAUGUGGCCGUGUUCGCUCUGUUCGUGGAAUGGAUGUACUACGGUCAGUACACCGUCACACAACUGUCUCUAUCUUCAGCGAAUACAAGUAGCAGUACCAGCAUUGACGCUAAAUGCUGGGUCCUUGGCGAUAAGCUUCUGUGCACAGGCUUCAAGAACUACGCCAUGGGUCGUCUGUACACGCAGUAUACAGCCACUUCCUUCAACACAGCAGUCACGACAAGUAACGUAGAAUAUGCAUGCGACAACAGUGCCAUGCACUCUAAACUACGUGAGUUUUAUGUUACUUUCGUUGCGACGCACUUCAAUGAUCCACAACGCAUUCAAGGAAGCGCAGAAGAAUGGGACGGUCUUGUGUUAAGAUGCGCUGACAUGAGGUCACUCUUAUUGCAAGGGUUCAGGCUUGGAGAUCGGAACUUUUUGAAGAGCAAAGAGUACUACUUUGACAAAGAUAAUAAGAUGUGUAUUGUGCCAAGUCGGAAAUAA